CCCGGCUGUUCUUCAGACUUCGAUAACACUGCGACGAUAUUGUCCGUAUGCACUGAGGUGUACACUGUGUGACAGGGGAGGCGAGCUAGAUAAGGGUGAAGAUAUCACUAGCGUCGGCCGUCCCAUGUCACUCAAGCGAAGGUGCGAAAGCGGAGAUCGGCAGAGGUGGUCCCCAUCACUCCAGUCAUGAAGCACGCCUUAAAAGGACGCGGCUGUGUGAGCGUUAACGGUAGUCACAGUGUGAAGUAAUUAGCAGAGUUGCCCUCAUGAUGAGAUCCAUCGACAAGAUUGAGCUAGCGUAAGGGCCUUGGAGCAGCCUGAACUAACACGUCUGGCUACGAAUCCCAAUCACAGCAGCUUCUCUCCUGUAUAUCUUCAUCGAAAAUAGGUCAGCCGAGAUGAUCAUGACAGCUGCGGACAGGUUACCCUCGCGUCUCUUUACGCAUGCGACGAUAAUCACGGUCAACAAGAGCCGGGAGGUCAUUCUGGAUGGUGCAAUCCUCAUCGAACAUGGCCGGAUCGCGGCACUUGGAAAGACAGUUGACCUCGUCGACCAGCUAAUCUCUAACAAAGACCGAGACAUCGAAAUUAUCGAGUGCAAGAACAGGAUCAUCAUACCAGGCCUCGUUAACACCCACGCACACCUCGCGCAAUCACUGCUACGUGGGCUCGCCGAAGAUCUUCCAUUACACAACUGGCUAUGCGAUGCGAUCUGGCCCUUGGAAGCGAAUUACGCCGAGGAUGAUGGCUAUGUGGCUUCGAUGCUGACUAUUGCCGAAAUGUUGAAAACGGGAACGACGUGUUUCCUGGAGGCUAUGCUUACACAUAGAAGCGGACUCGAGAACGUCGUCAGAGCGGUGGAGGAAAGUGGUAUUCGCGCGUGUCUGGGUAAACUGAUCAAGGCCGCUGAGUCAAACCCGAAGCUUAACAUGAAAGAUGCCAGAGAUCGGGAUGUGGACUCUAUGUCAGUCGCUGCUGCUUCAUCAGCAUACGAAAAGUAUCAUGGCUCUUUGAACGACCGUUUGCACAUGUGGUUUGCGGCCGGUACACCUCGAGGCUCACCAAUGGCGGCUCAUGCUGCAAUAGGCGAAGCCGCACGAGCACACGGUAUUGGCCUCACUAUGCACUGUGCCGAAGCGCCUAAAGAUCUUACCAUCUAUCGAGACUAUUACCAAUGCAGUCCCUUUGAGUUCUGCCGAGAUGCGCAACUGACGGGCUCGAAGACGGUUUUUGCCCACUGUGUUCACCCAGACCUAGUAGCUGGAGACUUCGAAAUCUUGUCUGAAAGUAAGAGCACAGUUUCGCAUAAUCCGACGAGCAAUCUCAAGCUUGGAUCUGGUGUGGCGCCGAUACCUGAUAUGGUGGCGAAAGGUGUGAAUGUAGCGUUAGGGACCGACGGAGCGCCAUGCAACAACACGUACGAUAUGUUCCGCGAGAUGCAUUUAGCAUCCAUUCUACAUGGUGGUGUUAGACAAAACGCUGGCGUACUGAGCGCAUACGAUGUCUUAGAGUUUGCAACGAUUAACGGCGCGAGAGCACUAGGGUUGGAAGCUGAGAUUGGGAGCCUAGAAGUUGGGAAGAAAGCCGAUGUUGUCAUUGUGGAGCCGAAAGGCGCAUCAUGUACUCCGUGGGAUCCGGCCGAGCAAAAUGCUGGUGGCAUGGACCCAGUCACAGUGCUCGUCAAUUCGUCUGGCGCAAACGUCGACACAGUCAUCGUAGACGGUCAGUUACUUGUCAGUAGUGGCAAGCUGUUGCACGUUGAUGAGAGCAAGAUCAUACAGAGAGCGAAGACGUCAGUAGCAGACAUCCGUAAAAGGAGCGGUGUGGGUGCACGGAAUCAUAUGUCGUUAAAGUAUACAUAGUCUUAGA